AAUCAUCAAGUCCUCGCAUCACUUUGUUCCAAAUACUUCUGUGAACUCAAAUACUUCUUCUUAAGAAAAACACAGAAAGAUCAACAUGGCAUUCGGAUUGUCUGGCUUUGUUCAGGGCAAGAAGGCUCUCCGAAGAUCGCUUUCAGGCAACAAAGAAGCAACUUUGAAGUCUGCAACCAUUCCAAAAGGCUGCUUUGCUGUCUAUGUUGGAGAAGAUCAGAAGAAGCGUUAUGUAGUACCUCUUUCGUACCUAAAUGAGCCUGCAUUUCAAGACUUGCUGAGUAUGGCAGAAGAAGAAUUCGGAUAUGAGCAUCCAAUGGGUGGACUCACAAUUCCAUGCAGAGAAGACAUCUUCAUUGAUAUCACAUCUCUGUUGAAUUGAUUGAUUGUACUAUGUAGCAUUGACAUAGAUUGACAGAAGCACAAUUUUGUAUAUCAUAUACUUUUACCCUUUUUUUCUUAGAGAAAAGGGAGUUUUUUUGACUCUCUGAGAAACUAGUAAAUAGAAAUUACUCAUUUGAUUAA